CAGAUAUGACGCGCGCGCACCUAGCUUGUCCUCCCCCCUCUUUCCUUGCCGCUGCUGCGGGAGGGGCACGGGGGCGGCAUAGGAUGAGCAGACCUGCUCCUCCGUGAUCACCGCGGUGCUGGAGACGAGGCCGGAACUGGCACCGAGCGUCGUCAGCUUCGCGGUGCCCGACCUCACCUGGGCGCCCGCGAAGGCCGUGUCGGAGAGGCGGUCGCGCGGAGUCGUCAAGGGCCUGAACCCGCAGCUCGGCUUCGGGCUGAUCGCCAGCCCGGAGCUGCAGAUGGUGUUCGGGAACGACGUCUUCGUCCACAGCAGACAGCUGGGCAGAUUUCAGGCUGGCCAGCAGGUCGAGUUUGCGGUCUUCCUGGGCAGGGACAACAUGCCGCAAGCUUACGACCUGCAGGACCCUGCUGCACCGGUGGCGCGAGUGGGCGGCAUGCUCUUGAUGCAGCAGCAGGCCCUCGUGCAGCAGCAGCUGGUGGCCACGGGCGGUGCUGGCGCCCUCGGCGCCGCCAGCGCUCCCGCGGCCUGCCUGGGCGGGGCCGCGCUGGCCGGCACGAUGCCCGCUGCGUUGGGCCAGGCCGUUCCGGUGCUGCCUGGGGUGUUGCCCGCUGGACCCCCGCAGCCCGGGCCGCCGCCCGGGGCACCCCCGCCGCGGAAGCGGCCCCGGCCGUCCGACAGUCAGGUCAUUGGCCAAUACCAGGGGGUCGUCACGAGCUUCAGUGCCGCGAACGGCUUCGGAUUCAUCGCCUGCGACGCGGUGAGAGCGAUGGGCCAUCAGAAUGAUGUUCUCUUGCACCAUUCAGAAGCUGCUGGAGUCGAGGUCGGCAGACAGGUGCGGUUCACCUGCUUUCUCAACGGCAAGGGCUCCCCCGAGGCGAUGGACCUCACUCUGGCCGGCGGCGUGCCGCCGAUGCAGCCCGUGCCAGGCAGCCAUGGUCUGACGGCUAUCACAGCCUUUUGUCCUUGAGUUCCAACCGUGGUCGCAGGUGUUGUCCCUAUGCUGAGCUCAUGCCCACCCGCUGUCACGAGUCGCAUGAUCUCUGUGGCUCUUUUGAUCGGUAUGCCCUUCACGACCGCGCGUCGUCCCGCACACGAUUCAACACUCAGCAGCGCC